AGGUCUCGACACGAUCUACAGAAAUUUGAAUUUCAAUCACAAAUUUACACUCGAUCACUCCGCAAUUGGUUUUCUGCGAACAAAUCAAUUUUUCGAUGUUCAAAUGAUUCCCGUUUCUAGAUUUUUCACGGUUCAGGACCCAUCAAACGCGCUCCUCUCGUACACACAAAAGGGAAUAGAUUUUUUCGAAAAAUUAGGUCAAUUCUCGAAGGAAAAAGCUGCGAUUGAGGAGGAAUAUUCUACGAAAUUGAGGAGUCUCGCAAAGAAAUAUGCGAAAAAAUCGGAAGAAGAUGAUGAAAUUCUAAAAAGUGUAAGCUACACCAGCUCAUUCAACUCAUUUCUUCAACAACUUGAUCAGAUUGCCACUCGACAUCAAACGUCGGCGGAGCACAUCCGGGGAGGUGUGGUUUCCUACGUGGCUUCGAAGACGUGUCAGAUGAGAAGUUCCCGGAAAAAUGCGAUUAAUGACUUGAAAACUAUCAAUGACAAGCUGGAAGAUCAGAUCAACGAGAUGUGCAAGUCUGGGAAGUGUUACCUAAAAUCGUUCAAAGACGCGGAAAACUCGUAUCAAAAGUUUUACAAAGCUGAUAAAAAUCUGGAAAUUUCGCGGCUUGAGUUAGAAAAAGCCAGGGCUCUUGCGAAUGCUCGAAAUGAAGCAUGUGAACUUGCUAAACAGGACUACUCAGCGCUGGUUCGCAAAACCAACGCCGAGCAAAAAAGAUACCACGUGGAACUGCUCCCAGUGAUUUUCGCGCGGCUCAAGGCGGUCGACAAGGAGUGUAUCGCCGAUAUGCGACAAGUUUUGCAGAAAAUUGUCUCCUUCGAUGACUCGCUAGCUGAUUCAACCGAAGAAUGCCGAAAAAUCAUGCAAAGGGAAGUUGGGAAAAUCGACGCGGAAGGUGAUGCUCAGCUGGUUUUGAAAUCCGUUGAAGCAACCAUCGAGCAGCCGGCUCCGUUUGAAAUCGAGGAUCUGGGGGAUCCCAAAAAUUGUGACAGCCGGACAAAUGAUUCUGCCGACGGAAGUGGAGGAAAAUUGCUGAAAAGCAGCCCUAGCAAGAAUCGAAUAAUUCGCAAUUUUCUGGGCAUUCUCAAGGAAAAGGAGGCGGAUGAGAAGCCCGAGGCUUCCAACAACGAUCAAUUGAUGUAUACCGACAAGAGCAAGCCUGCGCACGUGCGGCUUUCGUGUCUUCGCUCCAAAAUUCGAGAUAUGGAAAAACAGUUGGAACAAGCGAUUCAGGGACGAGAAGGCAUCACUAGACUGCAACAAGCCUACUACACAAAUCCGCAGCACGGGAAUCCGUCGGCGUGCACGGAACCACUUAUAUCGUACGCUAAAAAGAUAGAGAAGCUCAAAAUGGAUAUACAUAACCUCAAGGAGUUCUACGCGAUGCUUGAAAUGAGUGUGGAAGAAGGCCAGGAGCGCUCUUUUGGCGGCCGUGAUACCCCUGACACAACGAGAAGCAUGUCAGGCAGUUCGACAAAUCAAUCAUCAUCCAAAACUAUCGAAGACGUGCUGUCUGGCGAAGCGGGAAAUUCUUCAUCAGCAGAUGACUCGUCGAAGAAUAUCCUCCGCCAACUGUUUACAACUCCGAAACGGCUUAUCUCCUCGCCAAAAACCUCGAAGUCUUCAACUCCGACGCCACUACGACGAAGAGCCGAAAUCUCAUCACCAAAGAUUCUCAGAUCCUCAUUUUCAGGUGCCAUUCGCAAAUCUUUAUCGACUCCCGAUUCAGUUAAAGUCGAGACAGCGGUUACGGUAACCGCACUGUUCGAAUUUGCCAAAUCCUCCGCGGAGACCAUGUCCAUCGAGCAGGGCGAAAUUCUUCUCGUACUCGAACACGAUCACGGAGAUGGAUGGACUCGAACCAAAAAGAAACACAACGAAGAGUCAGGAUUCGUGCCAACUUCGUAUUUGCAAUUCCCCCAGUGAUUUCAUAAAUUAAAUAGCAUUAUCAUCAUCAAUAUUGUACUCGAGACUGCGCUUAUUAUCGUCCUGUGAAUGAAAUAAUUGAUUAUAAAAACAGAUU